AUGUCACCGACGAUGAGUUUGGCGGCGUCGCAACCACAGCAGCCGCAGCCUACGCCUUCAAGUAAAGCCCCGCUCACCCGCCAGGCAUGCAACCGCUGCCACGCCUCAAAGCUGAAAUGUCUUCGUCCGCCCGGGGUCACCACCAGCAAAGCAUGUAUCCGCUGCAUCAAGGCAGAUGCAGAGUGUGUCUACGACCCGCCCCAGCGAUUCGGUCGGCCGCGACAGAAAAGCCGACCUCAGCCCGAGUCAGGGCCCCCCCGCAUUGAAGCCCGAGAGCCCGAGGUCACCGAUCCUCGACGGGCUCGGCAUGGAUCGACGAUCGGGACCCGCUGGGAGAGUAGUGUGAGAGAGAGCAGCGGUAGUCUCGCACCUUCGUCCGCUGCCGAGAGCCCCUACACAGCGGCGGGGAGCCCAGACAACCGAAGUAGCACCGCCGUCGCCGCAGCCCCGUUGGCCGGGAUGGAUUACGCCUCAUCACACUUCCCCGAGCCGUUGGACAGCGAACGCACCAGUGAGCUCCUCGAUGCGUUCCAGUCCGAGUCCAUGCAGCUGGAUGUUGAUUCAUACUGGGGCGAACCUGGUCCAGUGAUGCCACCCGCCGAAACCGUCCCAUAUUCAGAUCUUCUAACCGGUCCAAUCGAUCUGGACUUCACCGUCUCCGACCAAGACCAUCGAGCCGAGAUCCACAAGCAUGCGCUCGAUCCUGCCCUAGCUGCGGCGGAGACAGAGUCCACCGCCGACGACUACGUGCUCGAUCUCGUCCAGCUGCAGGCCAGCGUGAACCAGAACAAUCGCGAAUUGGCCGCAUUGAUCCGCAAGGCCCAGUCGGCGCUGGGAGUGUCGGAAGGACGGGUAGGGCAGGCCCUGCCGAUCCCCGAUUCCCAGUUCAAGGCCCAUCUGCAGCGUAAUCUGAAGGCAUCCGAGCAGACGCUGGACGUCCUGCACCGCAUCAAUUCCCAGUUUGCGCCGGGGUUGCGCGAGACGCGCCCGCCUUCUCAAUCAUACGGGCUAGAUCCUACCCUGAAUCGACUGUACGCCGAUUGUGUGAGCCAAGAUCAUUCGUUUGGGGUUGGGGGAGACCAGUUGGGGCUGCGCGCGACAACGCCUCCAGGAGUCUCGGCCGCCGACCCCCAACACAGUAUCCUUGCCUUCCUUGUGCUGACGACCUACCUCCGUCUGCUGCACAACUUCGAUGCCCUCAUUUCCAUCCUGCAGGACCGUCUGCGGUGUUCCGCCAGUCUCGACCCGCGGCGACCGCUGCAUCUCAGCGAAGACAGCGCCGCGUCCGACAGCAGCUCCAACCCGCUCCUCGACGUGUCGCUCGGAUCGUUCUCCUUCUCUUCCUCAUCCGCGAGGUCGUUACAAGCCAUGCUCAACGUGCAGAUGAUCAACACCGUUCUCACGAAAAUCAAAUCCUCCACCCAGCGGAUGUUGCUCGGACCCGAUUACCUUCCACCGUCCUCUUGCUCCUCCUCCGCAUCUACCUCUUCCACUGCCUCCACCACCUCUUGCUCCACGAGAGCACCUCCCACCUCAGCAACCGGGGGACCCCACCAUCCAGCCAGCGCGGGCUCCAUCUUCUUCCAUCACGCACACUCCCUCUCCCACUCCUCCUCCGACCACCCCUUCCCUCAGCCGGAAGGCAGGGGCUAUGCUCCUUACAACCACGCAUUCCACCCUCCUCCCCCAUCGCGGCACACGCACAACUACCCCACUCCAGAGACCAUCACUCCACCAUCAUCCGUCCUCGGCGGGGGAGCAGGGACCACCCCACCACCUUUCGUGUCGGGCGUCGACCACGUUGUCCGCCGGGCCUUGGCCGAGGUGCAGGAGCUGGAGUUGAGUUUGCGCAGCCGCGCGCGGGCGAUCCAGCAGUGGAGUGAGGAGGGGUUUUAGCCCCACUUUGUGGGAUUGAUGAAGAGAUGGAUUCUGCUCAGUUGAAGUGGAUAGUCUAGUCUCUCGAAUCGGUUCUCCCUUGAUGUACUGUAUUGUAAAAGGAUAGAUUGAUUAGAUAGACGGG